AUGGAAGUAAAUAAACAACGACUUUUGAUGCAGUUUGAGUUAAAUCACUCUUCAACUUGGCUCAUCUUUGUUUUCACAGUCACAGAGGCCGAUGUUCCCGAUAAACAGGAGGACGACAGAAAGGUUUCAGAUGAAGAGGAGGCCGAUGUUCCCGAUAAACAGGAGGACGACAGAAAGGUUUCAGAUGAAGAGGAGGCCGAUGUUCCCGAUAAACAGGAGGACGACAGAAAGGUUUCAGAUGAAGAGGAGGCCGAUGUUCCCGAUAAACAGGAGGACGACAGAAAGGUUUCAGAUGAAGAGGAGGCCGAUGUUCCCGAUAAACAGGAGGACGACAGAAAGGUUUCAGAUGAAGAGGAGGCCGAUGUUCCCGAUAAACAGGAGGACGACAGAAAGGUUUCAGAUGAAGAGGAGGCCGAUGUUCCCGAUAAACAGGAGGACGACAAAAAGGUUUCAGAUGAAGAGGAGGCCGAUGUUCCCGAUAAACAGGAGGACGACAGAAAGGUUUCAGAUGAAGAGGAGGCCGAUGUUCCCGAUAAACAGGAGGACGACAGAAAGGUUUCAGAUGAAGAGGAGGCCGAUGUUCCCGAUAAACAGGAGGACGACAAAAAGGUUUCAGAUGAAGAGGAGGCCGAUGUUCCCGAUAAACAGGAGGACGACAGAAAGGUUUCAGAUGAAGAGGAGGCCGAUGUUCCCGAUAAACAGGAGGACGACAGAAAGGUUUCAGAUGAAGAGGAGGCCGAUGUUCCCGAUAAACAGGAGGACGACAGAAAGGUUUCAGAUGAAGAGGAGGCCGAUGUUCCCGAUAAACAGGAGGACGACAGAAAGGUUUCAGAUGAAGAGGAGGCCGAUGUUCCAGAUAAACAAGAGGACGCCAAAAAGGUUUCAGAUGAAGAGGAGGCCGAUGUUCCCGAUAAACAGGAGGACGCCAAAAAGGUUUCAGAUGAAGAGGAGGCCGAUGUUCACGAUAAACAGGAGGACGACAAAAAGGUUUCAGAUGAAGAGGAGGCCGAUGUUCCAGAUAAACAGGAGGACGCCAAAAAGGUUUCAGAUGAAGAGGAGGCCGAUGUUCACGAUAAACAGGAGGACGACAAAAAGGUUUCAGAUGAAGAGGAGGCCGAUGUUCCCGAUAAACAGGAGGACGCCAAAAAGGUUUCAGAUGAAGAGGAGGCCGAUGUUCACGAUAAACAGGAGGACGCCAAAAAGGUUUCAGAUGAAGAGGAGGCCGAUGUUCACGAUACACAGGAGGACGACAAAAAGGUUUCAGAUGAAGAGGAGGCCGAUGUUCCCGAUAAACAGGAGGACGCCAAAAAGGUUUCAGAUGAAGAGGAGGCCGAUGUUCACGAUAAACAGGAGGACGCCAAAAAGGUUUCAGAUGAAGAGGAGGCCGAUGUUCACGAUACACAGGAGGACGACAAAAAGGUUUCAGAUGAAGAGGAGGCCGAUGUUCCAGAUAAACAGGAGGCCGACAAUGUUUUUGACAAAGAAAAGAAAAAUACAAGAAAGCCAAUUGUGCAACUUGCUUCAGGUAAUAUAGUGGAUAUCACAAAAGUCAUUGACACGUUUGACAGACCAGGAAUAGCCAACACCAGGGGUGUCCACUCCUGCUCCUGGAGGGUCGGUGUCUCUGCAUAG